GGCGGGCUGCCGGGCCGGACGGCAGAAGCGGGCGAGCCCUGGGCGGCGACCUGCAGACUGGGCAGCGCGACGGUUUGCAUCAUUCCUGGUCAAACAAGAAAUGCAGAUGAAAGAAUGUCUUGACCAAACCUGCAUGCAGACAAGAUCAUUAUGGUCCUGAUUUUUUUACACUUCAUUCAAUGCCUCUAGCUGCUUUGGCCUAGAGGGCAAGUUCUGGGAGGAGGAACACCAUGGAGAGGACUUCCCCAGCGACUGCAGGUCUGUGAGCAGCAUUGCUUCUCGACAAAAGCCUAGACCCACCACAUCUUGGGGAAGGAAUGGCCACUUCCUGGGGUGCAGCCUUUUUCAUGCUGGUGGCCUCCUGUGUUUGCAGCACUGUCUUCCACAGAGACCAGCCAACUUGGUUUGAGGGUGUCUUCCUGUCUUCCAUGUGCCCCGUCAAUGGCAGUGCCAGCACCUUGUAUGGAAUUAUGUUUGAUGCAGGGAGCACUGGAACUCGAAUUCACGUUUACACUUUUGUACAGAAAAUACCAGGACAGCUUCCAAUUCUGGAAGGGGAAAUUUUUGAAUCUGUGAAGCCAGGACUUUCUGCUUUUGUAGAUCAACCUAAGCAGGGUGCUGAGACUGUCCAAGGACUCUUAGAGAUGGCCAAAGACUCAAUCCCCCGAAGCCACUGGGAAAGGACCCCAGUGGUCCUGAAGGCAACAGCAGGAUUGCGCCUACUGCCAGAACACAAAGCCCAGGCUCUGCUCUUUGAGGUAAAGGAGAUCUUCGAGAAGUCACCUUUCUUGGUACCAGAUGACAGUGUUAGCAUCAUGGAUGGAUCCUAUGAAGGCAUAUUAGCCUGGGUAACUGUGAAUUUUCUGACAGGUCAGUUGCAUGGCCAUGGUCAGGAGACUGUGGGGACCCUGGAUCUGGGAGGGGCCUCCACCCAAAUCACGUUCCUGCCCCAGUUUGAGAAAACCCUGGAACACACUCCUAGAGGCUACCUCACUUCCUUUGAGAUGUUUAACAAUACUUAUAAGCUCUAUACACAUAGUUACUUGGGAUUUGGAUUGAAAGCUGCAAGGCUAGCAACCCUGGGAGCCCUGGAGACCAAAGGGAUUGAUGGACAGACUUUCCGAAGUGCCUGUCUACCAAGAUGGCUGGAAGCAGAGUGGGUCUUUGGGGGUGUGAAAUACCAGUAUGGUGGCAACCAAGAAGGGGCGAUGGGCUUUGAACCCUGCUAUACUGAAGUACUAAGGGUGGUACAAGGAAAACUUCACCAGCCAGAUGAAAUCCGGAGAAGCUCUUUCUACGCUUUCUCUUACUAUUACGAUCGAGCUGUUGACACAGACAUGAUUGAUUAUGAAAAGGGGGGUGUUUUAAAAGUUGAAGAUUUUGAAAGAAAAGCCAGGGAAGUGUGUGAUAACUUGGAAAACUUCACCUCAGGGAGUCCUUUCCUGUGCAUGGAUCUCAGUUACAUCACAGCUUUGUUAAAAGAUGGCUUUGGCUUUGCAGAGAGCACCAUCUUACAGCUCAAAAAGAAGGUGAACAACAUAGAGACGGGUUGGGCCGGGGGCUACCUUUCACCUGUUGCAGUCUCUGAGCAGCUCCCACUGAGGCCAAGCACUUCCUCUGAGGCCUGCAGUCACCAAGGAUCUUUUUAAAGGGAGGACAGAAGACUCAACCAGGUUCUGAAUUAGUCUGGGAGCAGCCUGGACUUGCAGCCUACUAGUUGGCUCCAUCAGGAUGAAGGGGCUUUUUUAGAUGGGUCUUGUCCUUGAGCCUGGAGAUUUGGCUUUAAUUAAUUUUACACAUCUAAUGUGAACUGUUACCCAACUAACCACUCUUGAGUGCACAGCUGGCAUCAGUCUAAAUCUUUGAGAUUCUUUGUGUCACAGAAAGCCCUCUGAGCCAAAAAGAAUAGCUUUGGAACUCGACCUUUGAGUCAGAGAUGAGGGACAGAUCCGUGGGAACCAAAGUGAAAAAAAAAAUAAUAAUAAUAAUAAUCUCAUUUUAACCUUUGAGUGCCUCAUUCCUUUGAACAUUUUAAUUUUCCUCUCUUACAUGCUAAAUUAAGCUGAUUGCAAUCCCAUGACCUAUCAAAAGCAGUAUAGUUCUCCUUGCCACACACCACCCUCCCCCAACUUUACCUCCACACACCCCUCCUAAAAAAGAGAGAGAAAAAGUACCUGGUUUUUCUUUCCAUGUGUAAUUGAAGGGGGAAAAAGUACCCUAAUUGAAAUUCUUCUGUGAUCCUGCUGGUUCCAAUCAGCCAGUUGAGAGCCAUCCUAAAUCUUAGCAGGAUGGAGAGUCUUUCUGACAUGGCACAAGUUCUGAGCAACUCUUAACUGCGCACAGAAUCAGUCUUAAGGUAUUCAAGUAUUCUCUAGGGACAUGUGGGAGGGUGUGGCUACUUUGUAUAGCCCACUUUCUUUUAAUCAACAUUUUAUCAGUCAACCCUGUGUUUAAUGAGCAUAUCCAUCGUACCUUAUAGGAAUGUGUGUUCAGUGCCAGUACCACCUCCUAGGCUAAUAGGUUUAUAGUAUUUUUCUUGCUCCUAAACAUGUUUUCUUUAUACUUCUAAGAAACACAACCACAUACUAGCAUUUUGGUCUGUGGUCGGAGGUCAGUGGCUGUGCUAUUCAAGGUCUGUAGUUUGGUCAUUGUCCCUUUCAUUCCCAUAUCCAGUAGUACUGCCUUCUACCCCAGCCCCUGAAUUAUUUGUCUAACUCCAGGGUUUCCAAUACUCUUCUCAGUUUUACCCAACAUUUGAUUUGUCUGGCCAUUCAGAGCCACAUCAGUACAGCAGACCAGCAUUUCCAUGAAACAAUAUUUAAUGAACUCAUGUUCUUUUUGAAUUUGAGUGCUCAGAGCUAUUGAUUUUGCAGAUUAUUUUCCCCAAAAGUCAUUAUCUUGUACUUUUCCACGUGUAAAUCAUGUAUCUUGUCUACCUAACUCUACUGCUUUUGAAUUUGAAAGAUCUUGUAGUCUGACUCCUUUGCCUUGGCUCCUUACCUUCAGCUUCCAUCCAGGAGAGUUUGUGUCUCUCCAAACUUAUAACUUGCACAGAAUCCCUUUCCUUCAUUUCUCUCAUAGUAAUCCUGUAGGUACCUUACUUUUCAAACUGAUGUUUUCUUACUAGGGUCACCUUUAAACCUAUUGCCAUCCUCAAAGAGUAACGAGAAUUAUGUAUCUUUAGAAUUGGAAACAGGCCAAGGAUCUAACCUAAUCUUCUACCCAAUUCAGAAUUCCCUGAACUCUUCUAACAGGUUAUCAAUCAGCUUAUUUAGGCAUAUAGUUUUCAGACAGCUUAUUUCAUUUUGGGACUGCACUGAUGUCCAAAAGUUCCUCCUUAUAUUGAGCUGAAAUCCAUCUUCUCAUUGGUCUUCGUUCUGCUCUGAUCUCUCCUUCCAUGUGACGGCCUUCCACUCUUUUGAAGAAAACUCCUUGGCCUCUGUGGUCUCUUCAACAUAUAACAUGACUUCCAGACCCCUUAACAUUUUUGUCAAAAAAGUACGUUGCUAGAACCAGUUGUAAUACUCUAAAUAUUGUUCCAUGAUUAAGGAGAGACUGUUUCCUCUAGUAGAAAUCAACUUGUUUCUUCCAAGAGGUAAACUGUGUUCACUAGAGUCCUCCAGCCUGAAAGAUCCAGACAGGUGAGAUUCCCUGGUCUUUUAUCACCACAGAUCAGCUUUUCUUAAAAUCAGGGGCCAUAUUUGCAAAGUACGUAUGUUGUUCAGCAAGCCUCCUUUGUCAUCCUGAAUACCUUCAGAACUCUUGGGUAGUUGCAUUCUAACUUCAGAAAUUUAUGUCUAUAUAUAUUUUAUUCUUGAUCAGAACAUCCAGAGAAUUAACCAACUUAAGAGCAAUUCAGAAGGAGAAUUUUUCUUAGAAAUUCUUAGAAAUUUGUUUAUAAUGUCCUUUUUGCCCUCUAGCAUACCUUUGGGUCUCUUAUUAAGAGGUACUAUCGAUUCUGAUAUUGCUGGCUAGUUUCCUCUUUGUAAAGGUGUUUGUUUAUAUAUUUAAAAUACUUAGGUCAUGGCCUGGCACAUAGUGAAGGUUGUAUUUAUCAUCAUCAUCAUCUUAUGAAGAAAACCCUCUGUGGGUCACGGUGGUCUUUGCAAGGUGUGCCUUAAAAUUACUCCUCUUUUGCCUGAUUUUUAGUUUGUAUACUUUUGGAGAGUCCACAUUCUCCUUACAUGGACUACUUUCUGUUUUUUUUGUGUGUGUGAAAGACAGCAUUUUCUCUGCAGUGACCUUUUUGGACUCUGCUAGUUCACACAGCUUUUCACAACAGCUGCUAUCUUUUACUCUGGGUACAUUUUUCCAGAAAGGUUUGUGAUAUUGUGAUAUGAUCACUUUUUUGUUUUAAUCUAUCUAGUAUCUUAUAAAUUUUCCAUAUUUUCCUGAAAAGCUCUCCUGUGGUAACAGAUUUCUCAUGCCCUCAAAACAGUAUUCCCAAGAAUAGUUCAGCUUGGUUCAAAAGCAGACUGUUUCUUUUCAUUUCAUCUUCAAAUCAGACCUUUGGGCAAGAUGUCCUUCAUAGUAUGCAAAACCCAAAAAUCUCUUCAAGGGGCAUCUAUGGACCUGUGAAGUAAACUCUUCAAAAACCCAGAGCAAAACACCACCUCCUCCACUCUGCUACCAAUCUGCCACAAAACAUAAAUUCUGCUGCUAAUCAGCUUUACCCUUUUGACCUGGUUUCUAAGGACUUCAAAUCUGUGCAAUGAAAUUAUUUAUUGUUUGGUUUAAUACUGAAUGGACAGUGGUGUCCCAAAGAGGAACCAUAAGAAAAUUGAAAUCUGGUGCUGUGAUGAAAAAGUAAUACCUAGCAUUAAAGGGUAUAUAACAAAGGUUAAAACAAUUUAUAUAUAAUUUGCAUUCUAAUUUUUAAAUUGCUAUUCUAGCAAAAAGACAUCAACUGAAUAUUUCUAAUUCUUACCUCUGUCAAAAAAGAACUGUAUGAAUCCUCUCUUUAGAAAGGAGUAAAUGAAAAUGAAUGAGACAGCACUUGAACUGAUUUUUGUUUUAGUAAUAAAAAGCUCUUUUGAACCAAA